AACAAGUUGGCAACGCGAAGUAUUUGAUGAUGUGUUGACAUUUACAACAAGAACAUAUACAGACAGACGAGCGGACGGUGUUUAUAUUUGCUAUAAUUUGUUUUGUUUUUAUUUAGUUUUUAUUUGUUUUAAUUAAUUUUAUAAAAUAUUUUGCAAUUAUUUUAUGCAAAUAUUAAACUGAUAAAAUGUCAGAAAAGUUUAAUGGUUUUAGCCAGGAUGAAAUAAAUAAAGUAUCUGGCAAAAAAUUAAAUAAGAAUGACGGAUUAAAGCAAGCAUUUCGUGGACCGCACACCGGCAUACGUCGAAUGCCAGAUAAGGUUACUAAGCCCACUAUUACAACUAAAAAACAACAGCAAGCUUACAAGAAAACUACUUUAACAAGAAAUGAUGCAGAAAUCGAACAAAAUGAGGAUGUUGUCAACAUAAACAAUGUGGAAGAUGACACAGAUAAUAUUUCUGCAAUGCCCAAAAUCUCUAAGGAUAACAUGUUCUAUCCUAUAAUAAAGUCUGUAGCUGCUCUACAUAAAAGAGAAGCACUAAAUGGUGUUAAAAGUGAGUCUGCAUCUCAUCCGAAUGAUUUGCCUGAUGAAAAUGUGAUAACGUCAACAUCCAACGCAGUUGAAAAUUGUUCUGAAACAACACCUCCUCUUGUUGUGGAGUCAGCAUUCAAAGGAGUGUCAUUAAAAGAUUUUGAAUCUCAUAGAAAAUUAAUUCAAGAACAAAAUAAUCAGAAAAAGGAACUACUAAGAAAAGCUAUAGAACAACAUUCACAAAAAACUGCUGCAGAAACUAAAAAAAUAGAAGAAAUCAAAAGUGAGCUCUCAAAACUCGAUAAUGAUUUAGCUGUGGAUGUUGCAAUACUACGUAAACAAAUUGACAAUGCAUGUAUACAUUUUGCUAAUGUUGAAAAGCAGUAUAUAAAAAUUGAGGCUCAAUUUUUAAAAUCUAAAAUUGAUUUACAUAAUGCUGCAGAAAAAAAGGAAUUGCUUACGGAACAUCUGUGUACGGUGAUAGCACAUAAUGAAGAUCGCAAAGCACAAAAACUGUCAGAACUAAUGGAAAAAGUUGGUAUUACUCCAACUGGUGAAUAUGAGCCAACUUCAACCACUAAUGAUAUUGAUAAGUAAUUAGUAAUUACGAAUUUAUUCUGUUUUUAAAUAAAUUGAUGGUUUAAAUUUUAUUGUACUAUGACAUCAAUUUCUAAACAGAACCUUUCUAAUAUUCUUUUUAAUCACUUGAAUUGUACUUCAAGUACAUAUAGACUACUUAAUGUAUUUUCUUGCUAUCGAAUAAUUAAUGUGACUAAAUAAUAUCCAUAUUAUUUUAAAUAUUUUUAUCUCGAAAUAAUAGUUUAUUGUAGCAUACCAUCGGAUUCUCGUAUGAAAUCAGAUUGUAAUUUUACUUGAUUUUGUAACAAAAUGAAUCAAAAGAUCUGAAUGAAAAACUACUUGACAAUAUUAAAAGCUUUACCAUAAUUUUUCCAAUAAGUUUUAAAGUAUAUCAAAAAUUAAUAAAUAUUAUGUAUAUUAAAUACAGUGCUCAAACGAAAGUGUGAACUAAUCAAGUCCCAAAUAUUUGUUUACAUUUAAGAACUUCCAUGUCUUAGAGUAGUUAAUGUAGAGAAAAUUGUGUUCACGUAAUCCAUGUAUGCCAAUGUUCACGUUUUUGAGCGAACACUGUAUGUUUACUGCAAAUACAUGUGACCUGCAAUAUAUUUUUAAAUAAAUAUUUCAAAAUUAGUU